GAGAGACCAAAAUGGCCAGAACCAAGCAGACAGCCCGUAAAUCCACCGGAGGAAAAGCUCCCAGGAAGCAGUUGGCGACCAAAGCUGCCCGUAAGAGCGCCCCGGCCACCGGCGGAGUGAAGAAGCCUCACCGCUACAGGCCCGGCACCGUCGCUCUGAGAGAGAUCCGUCGCUACCAGAAAUCUACCGAGCUGCUGAUCCGCAAGCUGCCCUUCCAGCGCCUGGUCAGGGAGAUCGCACAGGACUUCAAGACCGAUCUGCGCUUCCAGAGCUCGGCCGUCAUGGCCCUGCAGGAGUCCAGCGAGGCUUACCUGGUCGGCCUGUUUGAGGACACCAAUCUGUGCGCCAUCCACGCCAAGAGGGUCACCAUCAUGCCCAAAGACAUCCAGCUGGCCCGCCGCAUCCGCGGAGAGAGGCAGCACCGCCUGGAUGUUGGGAAGGACACCACCCUGAGCGAUGGUCACUCCACCCAGCAGCUUGUUCAGCUCCUCGUCGUUGCGGACCGCCAGCUGCAGGUGACGCGGGAUGAUCCUGGUCUUCUUGUUGUCGCGGGCGGCGUUCCCGGCCAGCUCCAAGAUCUCAGCGGUCAGUGUCACUGUGACACCACCACCAUCAUCAUCUUCACCCUCCUCAUCACUGACAGCCUCCUCUACUUCAACAACAACAGCGUGAUAAAUGCAGAUGAAGCAGCACAUACAGGUUUCUUCUUGGGUGUGGUCUUGACCUUGGGCUUCCUUGCGGUCGCUGGCUUCUUGGCUGCCGGCUUCUUGACCUUCUUUGCCUCCUUCUUGGGCUUCGCGGCGGUCUUGCUGAGUUUGAAGGAGCCGGACACUCCGGUCCCGGUGGUCUGCACGAGGGCGGCCACGGCCUUCAGGAUGCGCUCUUUGGCGCCGGGACCGGACUUCUUCCUCGGCUUGGUACUUUUACUCUUGCCGGCUUUGGCCGGUUUGGCUGAGGCGGCCGCGGCGGCCGGGGCGGCGGGUGGGGCGACUUCUGCCAUCUCGCAGUCGGAGUUGCUUCGUCAGCUUUCUCUGAUGGAGCCUAACAACUUCAGUAAAGACACAAUGAGCGGCCGCGGAAAGGGAGGUAAGGGACUCGGUAAAGGAGGCGCCAAACGUCACCGCAAAGUUCUCCGAGACAAUAUCCAGGGCAUCACCAAACCCGCCAUCCGCCGCCUGGCCCGCCGCGGCGGCGUCAAGAGAAUCUCCGGACUCAUCUACGAGGAGACCCGCGGGGUGCUCAAGGUUUUCCUGGAGAACGUGAUCCGGGACGCAGUCACCUACACCGAGCACGCCAAGAGGAAGACCGUCACCGCCAUGGACGUGGUCUACGCCCUCAAGAGGCAGGGCCGCACCCUCUACGGCUUCGGCGGUUAAACCUUCAACAGACACCCCGGAAGGCAAACUCAACGGCUCUUUUAAGAGCCAACCACCUCAAACUAAGAGCGGUUUUCUAUUCAAUGAUCCCACCGAACACGAACAGAUCUUAAACGUUAGUACUACCACUUGAUUAUAACUAUUCUGGUUCUUACAACAUGAUCUUUUAGUUCCUAAAGGUCCCUAAACCGGUGAUAACACAAACCAGGAUGUCUGAUCAGAUCCUCAGGCUGUUUGCUGCAGUAAUCUUCACAGAAAUGUUUCCUAUUGGCAGGAUGUAAAGUGUUCUGAUUAAAACGAUCU